ACAACGCGCGCACAUUUUUUCCCCGUGCACUUUACACAAACAUAUUAUAUUAUUAUUAAUUUUUGUUUUAAAUUAUAUUUAAUAGCUACUUUGAAUCUUGACUACUGCAUAGUUUUUCCAAUUUAACUAUGGCUUAAUGGCAGGAAAAAUGAAAGAAAAUUCAAAAUAUAGCGAUGACUCUCUUUCAUCUUUAAACGAAUCAACCGGGUCGUUAAACAGAUCGUACAAUGAUAUUUCUGAGCACGAAAAUGGUAUAUACGUCAUAGUAAGAUCUCGACCAUUAAGCACCAAAGAAAAUAGAGCAAGUGAACCAUCAAUUGUAUCGUUUCCGGGAAAUGGGCGUAUUUUGGUGGAAGGUUUUCAAACAAUCGGUGGAUCUAAUGGUCCUAAAUCUAAACUGUUCUCUUUUAAUGUCGUAUUCGAACCGGCAUCCACGCAAGAAGACAUAUUUCAGUAUUCGGGCAUCAAGAAGCUCAUCGAAAUGGCGGCCGAAGGCUUCAACACCACUUGCUUUUGUUACGGACAAACCGGCAGCGGUAAAACCCACACACUUACGGGGCCACCAGGAAUGUUUUUCAACAAGCGCAUUGAACCGUUUUCCGUGGAUCAUGGUUUAGUAUUUCGAUCAUUUAUGUACCUGUUUCGAUUGGUGCAACAACGACAAGAUCUUCAUUUCGUACUCAAAGCUUCAUUCCUAGAAAUUUACAACGAAAAAGUAAUAGAUUUAUUAAAUCCUGGAACUGUCAGAAAACCAUUAGACGUAAGAUGGUCCAGGAAAGCACGUAACUUUUAUGUCGAUAACUUGUUUAUGGUGGACUGUGAAGAAUUAGAUGACCUACAAGCUGUACUAGAAGAAGGCAUGAAAAACAGAACGGUAGGGAGCCAUAAUAUGAACGAAUGUUCCAGUAGGAGUCAUACGAUGUUAACGGUAUAUAUUACGUCCGAACAACAAAUAUCUGAAGACGGUGUUUUUAUCACGAAACAGGGAAAAAUUAAUUUUGUUGAUUUAGCUGGCAGUGAAAUGACUAAAAAAACCAUGAGCGAAGGAAAAACUUUAGAAGAAGCAAAUAAUAUCAACAAAAGCUUAAUGGUUCUAGGCUACUGCAUAGCAUCGCUGAGUGAUCCUAAGAAGCGGAAAGGUCACAUCCCGUACCGAGACAGUAAACUUACCAAACUUCUGUCUGAUAGUUUAGCCGGUACAGGUGUCACAUUAAUGAUAGCAUGCAUAUCACCAGCAAGAUCAAACGCUAGUGAGACAAUAAGCACAUUAAGGUAUGCAGCUCGUGCAAAAAAAAUCAAAACCAAACCAGUGAUAGUUAUGGACCCCAGAGAAGCAUUAAUCGUCAGUUUACGGCGUGAGGUGGAGGCGCUGCAGAACGAAAACGAUCAUUUGCGGAAGGCACUGGAUAUUAACAAGACGUCGUCGGCUAGUAUUUCGAAUGUAAAAAUGCCGCCCAAUAUGGACAUGGACCGGUUAAUACAAAUGGACCCCAAGGAGCUUGUGGAUUUGGUCAAACAUUACGCGAAUGAAAAUGAGGCACUGCGCAGAGAAAACGCCGAGCUAUUCAACUCCAGGGACCUAUUACAGAGAGACCACGAAAUUGUUUGUCGGGAGAACGAACGGUUGCUGAAGAAACUCGAAGACGUCAACUCGGCAUGUAUAAGGUCUCCAAUAAUUCCAGCGCGUGGCCAAUAUGUUGACAAAAUAGAACUAGCAUCGACCAACAGCUCUCUAAGCACACAAAAUAUCCAAAUGGAAAAUAAUGGACUGGGAAGAGAAAAAAGAGAUUUACCUAUAACCUAUCAAAGAGAAAUAGAUAAAAAGGGAAUUGGAAAUACAAUAAGUAAUUUCGUGGGCUCUUUCAAAAACCGAAGAAAAACUUCAUCGGAUACCUGUAAAACGCCGUCGAAACCUACUUCAACUAUAAGAUCGCCGGUAACGGUUGACCGCGUUCCGUCGCCGUCGUUGGUGGUGAUUGACGGACCUUACAACAAAUUCGAUGACGGGCUCAACUCAGCGGCAUCGACUCUCGCAUCCAUCGUCAGCCGACAAGCGUUCGACAUACCACGGGCGUCCAAAGACAGUGGCCACUGCAGGGGCGACAGCGACAGUGGCGGAGGUGGUAGGAUCAAUAGAAGUGACGACAUUGGCAGUGCGAGUGACCGACGGAGCGCCGGCGGACGAUUUUCUCUUCCGGACAUCGUAGACCCCGAUAACGCCGACAGCAGUGGCGUGCAAGUGCGCCGGGACAGCAUCGGAAGUGCCGUGCACAAGCGGCGGGACACCCCAGCCAGAAGCCGGGAUCCGUUCGGAAGUCCGGUGACGCCACAGAUGUACAACGGAUUUAGGUACCACGCUGGCAACAGUCGAGCAGCCGCCGCCGCCGCCGCCAUCAAAACAGCAGCCGCGUCCAGUUGAAAUCCACCGCACGAAUCGUGUGGACUUCAAUGGAUUAAAUGCCGUUGUUACGUUGUACAUAGUUUACCUCGCGACAAUCUAUCGCAAAUAAUUUAUCGUGAUAAAAAUUUACCGAAACAAUAUUUAUCACGACUUAUAAACCGUACAGUAACUAUUUUAAAAUUGAUAGUCAAAAAUAUAUAAUUAAUGAAAAAAUAAUAUUAAUGAUACAAAACUAGAUCUAAAUUACAUAUAAAAAUUAAAAAAAUUAAGCCUACCGACUUACAACAUAGUAAAUAAUAGUAUUUACCUAUAAUACAUAUAUUAUAUAUAUAUUGCGUGUACAAUACUUAAAACCUAAGUAUAUGCAAUAUUGAAAAUUCUUUGCAUUGCCAAUAAUACCUGUCCUGAUACCUUCGUCAUUAUUUGAAAUCUACCACUGGAAAUAAGACAAUUUAUGAAUUACGGAGAGGCCUACUGUAAAAUGCAAAAUGUAUAAAAUAUUAUUCUUAACAUUUAUAGGUAUUCAUCAACUAUAAUUUUAAAAAUAUCGAUAUCACACUGUAAGAAUUGCAUAUUAUUUGAGUAAUAACAAAGUUAAUUAUAUUAUAAUAGUUAAUUCAAUUCGUUACUUAUUUUUAUAAUAAAUUUUAACUAAAUAAUAGUUACUGCUUUACUGUAUAUAACGUGAUAUUAACUCGAGUUAAUUUUGUACAGAUAUAUUAACAUUUUGAUAAAAUUGGACUAUUAUUUAUUUAUUUAAGAAAUUUUAGAUAUCUCGAAAUUAUCUAUAGGACUCGUAUCACUCGUUCAAUCCAAAAACGUGUUAUCACAUUACUCAAUAUAGUUACCAAUUUGCGUUUAUCAUAAAUUCGUGUCUCAUAAUAUAUUUAGAUAGGUAGUACCUAUUAAAAAUAUAUCGGUUCAUAAAGAAACAUUUAUUAGUGGAUAUAAUAAUAUAAUAUGUCCUAGGUAUUAAAAUACAAAUACUAAAGUAUAAUACAACUUCAGAUCCCCCUCUUUAAUGAAUGAAGGGAACUUUUCGGAGAACCAACUACCCUCCCAACAUUCGUCGUUAACAUAUAAUAUUAAGCUAAUAAGCUUUAAUUUCGGAAAAAUAUCAAAAUUAAUCUAUUUAAGUGGCUAUUUUUAUUACCAAUUAUAAAAUGUGAAAUUUUAUUUUUUAACGAAGUUGAUUCAAUUUUUAAUCGAUUAAUUUUUAACUUAGAAAAGUUAAAAAUAAACUUUAGGAAACUUAUAACAUAACAAAAGGUUUUCUAUUAACGAAACUUAACGAAUUAUUAUAUGUAUGUAAAUUUUGAACAUGUUUUACUUCAAAAAACUUAUAUGUACAUAACCAUUUUCAAUACCAAUUUUAAAUAUUAUUUUCUGUUCACAUAUCUAGUCAACUAGUUCAGUUACGCUACGAUUUUGUUCGAAAAAUGUUAAAUAGGUAUAAUUACUUUUGAGAAUUCAAGAUGGUACUGUAUGCGCCAUGAGACUUACUAUACUCCGUAAUUCGCUUUUUGGUUUUAAAGACAUUGUUGCAUCAUUCACAGACUUUUUCGCUUUGUUUGUUAAAUUUACGUAAUUACGUUCUACCCUUACAAUAAUAUUGAUAAAACCUAUAUAAUUAAAAAUAAUGUUCAAAACGUAAAACAAAUAAAUUUCCCGAAAAUCACCUAAUAUUAUAUUAAUAUAAUUAUUAUUAUUAAAGAUACUCCUAUUGGAUGCUUGAAUUUUCUACUUUGUUCUUGUAUAACAUAUCAGUCUGUUAUUUAUAGUAUGAGAUCGUUCCCUAUCACAAUGCGUCAAUGCGUGUUAUACUAUAAUAAUAAAUAAUUAUAUAGCUAUCUAACAUCUGUUAUAUUACCAGCUAGUGAUUAAUAAAGUGUUUUAUUUGUAUCUGAAUAUUUUCCCAUCAUAAUCAAAAGUAAAAAAAACAAGUCUUAAUUUAAACUGUAAGUCAUUACACCCAAACGUUCACGAAAGCUGUGUACCACCCCUAGACCCCAACCUAACCUUAAAUAAAUACCUAUUUAGUAUUAAGUUUAUACAUAUUUUUAACGCAUCGCGUUUUCUAUUGAUUCCUAUUAAUUAUUAAAAUAUAUUAUAAGCAGUCA